AUGGAAUGGGCGACCGUUGGCGGUCGUUUCGGCAUGGCCUACAUAGCGUUCGGUAUCCUCGCAAUCCUCGUCAACAUUGUCAUUUUCGUAUGCAUCAUUGUCCGUCGACGCACCACGUCGUCUCACGUCUUCUACAUAAUUAUCCUCAAUUUUACCAUAAUUGACACGAUUAAAGGCGUGUGCUCCGUCCUUUUCGCUUUAAAACUCCUCACAUUCAACAUGGCGACGGACGGUGCAAUGUGGACGGUUCGUGUAGAUCAAUAUAGUGGAGUACUGCUGAGAUUCACGAAUUUGACGACGAUAAUGAACGUGCUUCUGAUCACAAUGAAUGAAUUCAUAUUCAUUUGUCAUCCGUUGAGAUAUUCCUCCAUUGUGACGAGAUGUCGAGUCCUUUGGGCGAUUGUUUUGAGUUGGCUGCUCGCCGUCUUGUUGACUGUCCUCAAUAUGUUGACGAGUACGAGACAGAGGAGUGUUAUGAUUGAUACGGACUGUGAGAAUGAAAGCCUAAUCAACGCGUCCUUCUGCAUCAAACACCAGGAAACAUCCCUUUUCCAUUAUUUCGUCUUCCAUAUGAUCCUCAUCGCAUUCUGUUUGAUUUGUCUCGCAAUAACUGCAAGUUGCUACUUUAUUCUUUUUAGAAUAAUCACAAAACUAGUCCGAGCCGAUGUGAAAUACCAAGCAGAGACUGAUCUGCUCAAGGAAGAUCACUCUCAUGGAAAAUCGAUAGCCCGUCGGAAGAAAUAUGUUUUGAUGAUCGGAAGUGUCAUUUUGGUCUAUUCGGUCUACUUGACAACUUAUGCAGUGAUUCAAGGAAUGCAUCUGGUUAAUAUUACGAGUCGAAGCAAAGGAACGCCAGUACACGCUCGCAGUGGAUACAUCUACACAAAAUACACAUGUUAUCUAUUCAUUUCAUUCCAUUCACUGCUUCAACCUCUCUGUUUUAUGAGAAUGAGAGAGUUCAGGAAUAUUUUGAAAAGAACCCUGUUCCCAUGCCUAUCAAAAACCGAUCCGAUUCUCACAACGGACGUCUUCAAACGUCACAGUAGUCAACCAACUGAUAUCUAA